AUGGGCAACGACCAGCGGCACCGACCCGGCCGUCUUCAUCAGUCAAAUAAGCCUUUCAAAUCACGCCAUGCCAGUAAAGGCUCGCUCAGAGAAAAGUCAAAGGGCAAAGUGAAUAGAACUGCUAUCAAGAGAUCCGGUGUCAGAACCGUCGGCAAAGUCGAUCGUCGCAAUGCAGCCAAAUUGGAGCAGCAAAGGAAGCGUGAAGAACUGACACGAACCCACCGCAUCUUCGAGGGUCGACAUGGCGCACCCAAAAUUGUUCCUGUAUUGUCGUUGUGUCCGGACACCGAUGUGCACGUUGCCAUUGCUUCAUUGUACCGAUCGCUCGGCCAGGAACCGCCCUCGACGCCAUAUGAAAGCUCGAUUUUGAAUGUCGAACGAUUUAAGCAAAAACUGCAGCUUGUUCCUUUGCGCCGCAACUUUGUCGAUGUUAUGGAUGCGUUCAAGGUGGCCGAUAUGGCAAUUUUACUGCUGUCUGCGGAAGUCGAGGUGGAUCAAUUUGGUAUCAAUUGUUUGCUUGGCGUUCUUAAUCAAGGUCUUGUUUCUGUUACUCCUGUUGUUCAGCAUUUGGAUAAGGUGGCGCCUAAGAUGCAAGCUUCGGUCAAGAAGUCGUUGGUGGCGUUUAACCAGCAAUUCUUCCCUAACGAGGAACACUUGUUUACAUUGGAUAACGAGGCGGAUGCUACAAACGUCUUGCGAUAUGUUACUUCACAGCGUCCCAAGGCUUUGGCGUGGCGCGAUUUGCACCCUUAUAUGCUGGCUGAGGAUGUUCAAUAUGUACCUUCGUCUGAUCAGCAGAACGUGGGUACUUUGAAGGUGACAGGCUUCGCACGUGGCAACCCAUUCAAUGCGAACAGACUGGUGCACUUGCAGUCCUUUGGUGAUUUCCAAAUUGAGCAAGUUACGACAGCUCCGGGAGACAACAGUCAAAGCAAUGGUAUGGAAGAGGAUGAGCAAGUGGUAGAUACGCCCGACGUCGAGGGACAAGACGACUUGAUCUCGGAAAAUGAACCUGAUUUCAUGGAUAACGAGCAAACAUGGCCAACUGAGGAAGAAAUGGCUGCAGGCGAAGAACGAAUGCGUUUGAUGGGCCGUGAAAUGGAUGAUGACCGACCGCAAAGCGGUAAGGUGACUAAGCGUGUUCCUAAAGGCACAUCCGCUUAUCAAGCCGCAUGGAUUGUCGACUCUGAGGACGAGGAUUACAGCGAAGAUGAUGAGGAUGAUGAUAUGGAAAUGGCCGUCGACAACGAUGAAGAUGAUGUUCAGCCAGCAGAUUACGAGCUUGGGCGUAGCAACGAUUUGGAUGAAGAAUAUGAAGACAUUGAGCUGGAAGAAAAGGGUGGUUAUAAGGAUGAAUUGGAUCCAGAAGAAGAGAGACGACAGUUUGAAGAAUAUAUGCAAAGCAGACAAAAGGAGUUCAAGGAGAAUAUGGAAUUCCCUGAUGAAAUCGACACACCCAUUGAUUUACCAGCACGAGAGCGAUUUCAAAGAUAUCGCGGUUUACAAUCGUUCCGUACAUCACCCUGGGAUCCUUAUGAAAACCUUCCCAUUGACUAUGCACGUAUCUUCCAGUUUGAGAAUUUCAAACGAACCAAGAGUCGUGUUGUCACCCAGGCCAUUGUCGGUAACGUCAAACCAGGCACCAGAAUCACGUUGUGGAUUAAGAACGUUCCUAAGGAAGCCUAUGGUGCAUAUGAUAAGCAGCGCCCAUACAUUGUUUUUGGCUUGUUGCAGUACGAGCACAAGAAGUCGCUUCUGAACUUCCAGAUUCAGCGUGACAAUGCCUACGAGGAGCCUGUAAAGUCCAAGGAUCCCAUGGUGCUACACGUCGGUUUCCGCCGGUACUCGGUUCGACCGAUCUAUUCCCAAAACACAAACAAAGGCACAAAUCAUGUACAUAAAUUCGAACGCUUUUUACAAAUGGGCAAAUCAUCCAUCGCCACGGUCUAUGGUCCCAUAGUAUUUGGCAAGGUGCCUUGCAUGUUCUACAAAGAAACAGAUAAUGUCAAUGAACCUAACUUGGUAUCCACCGGUACAUUCUUGAACACUGAUGUGAAACGUAUCGUUGCGAAGCGUAUUGUUCUCAGUGGUCAUCCCUUCAAGAUUCAUAAGCGAUCAGCCGUCAUCCGAUACAUGUUCUUCAAUCCAGAGGACAUCAAUUACUUCAAACCAAUUCAGCUCACAACAAAGUACGGCCGAGUGGGACAUAUCCGAGAAUCACUGGGUACUCAUGGUUACAUGAAGUGUAUCUUUGACGGAUCAAUAACGCAGCAGGAUACUGUGCUUAUGAAUCUAUACAAGCGAGUGUAUCCCAAGUGGAACACGGAGUUGUGGAAGGGUGCUCUUGAUAGCUCAGAGUAUUCUUCUGACAAGAUUGUCACCGAUUAA